AUGGCGGACCAUCAAAGAUUAGCAAAUAUUAUUAGGUUGGCACGUCGAGUACCAUUAGCAGAGGCGGCUGCAGAAGAUAUUGGUAAUAUUGCAUCGAUAUUGAAAAUGUCAUUGCCAGAUCCAGUUCUUAUGGUAAGAAGUGCUACAACUUCAGCUGCCGAAUCCUCAAGCACAUGUGCUGCAAAUGAUACUUCUGCUGCUUGUGAAAAGCCUGUUGGCCCUUCUGCCUACACUUUGCCCGUCAUCCUAGGUAUCGUUAUUCCUGUCGGCGGCGCCAUCAUCUUAUUCACAAUUCUGCAACGAAGAUAUAUGAAGAAGGCUAGGGAAGAGGAUAUGAAUGAUCCAACCAAGAAUAUGGACUUUGGCAUGGGUAGAAUUUCGAGAACUGCUGGUGGGGAAUCAGGAAUCUCAAACUUCGAUGACGAGAAAGGAGGUGCUGUAAGAACACGACAAAUGUCCUUGGAUCUGGGAGGUAAAAGUCCAUAUUUACUACCACCAGAACUACAAAAUUCUAGGGAAAGCCUCCAUUCGCUCUCAAGAACAAUCCACUCGAACGAAGAUCCUUAUCGUCCAGUACAUGAAGCUGUCGGGGGCAGCUCUUUACGUUCCAAACAAGGCCGCAACGGAUCUUCGAUUAUGACUGAAUCAAGCGCUGCUCCUUCCAAAGCAUACGAUGUUGGCUCGCCGGACGGACAAGGUCUCCUAUCAAAUGCUGCUGCAAUGUCAAAAACAACUCCACCUUCAACCGGCUCUACUCCACCAAGAUCAAACUCAAUCCCACCUGCUAACAUGCCGGCGGAACCCAAGGAAGCUGCAUCUCCACCACAAAAUGUUGCCAGCAAAGGUCUACCAGGUAAUUCACGCCCCCCAAAUGGUUUCUCCUAUACUAUGCCCGUUCCAAUGCCCUAUCCGGACCGGGAAUCUUAUGCUGGAAACCAAUAUAAUGCGAUCAGAGAUAGUAACAAUUACCUAGGCUCCUUAAUCAUUUCUGCUCCAUCCGCUGCUGCUCCAACUGGUCCCGCCGAACCAAAGCCAAAUACAAAUCGUAAAGCGCCCCCUCCAGCAAUUAAUACCUCAGCAACGGAUCCAAAACCUACUGCACAACAGCAACAAAAACCCCGAAACUCUGAGAUUAGUGAUUACGGUGAUGGAAUCGAGAUCACACCACCAUCUCCCGCUCGCGAAAUCACAAAUAACAAGGCAAAUCGUUACUCCAUGGACGUCCCACCUGAAGAAUUUGCUCAAGCUGGUUUGGGUGCUCCCGGUUUUGAUCCUAAAAGACUUUCCAUGGGUUUCCGACCAUUACCUCCUGAUGCUCCAGCUGAUGCUUCAGAAGAUCCUGAAACUCGUGCCAACAGAAUUAGAUCUUUCUAUAAGGAAUAUUUUGAUGACUCAAGACCAGCACCACAAGGUCAAUACAUUGAGGAUUAUGAUGCGAACUAUCCUGGUCCAGGAGAUUCUACUUACUUCGAUCCAGCCACCAACAGCUUCGUUUUGCCAUACGCUGAACCUAUCACGCGUCGUGCUAUGACACCACCUCCACGUGCACCAAGAUUCCAAGGAGCACCACCACGUUCCAUGCAUGGCUCAAUGGGUGGUUCCUCAAUGCGUGGACCUCCUAGAAUGCCAUUCAACGAAGGGCCAAGAGCAUCUUCAUCUGCUUCUCAACGCGGUCCCAUGCCAUCUCCAAGAAAGAAUUUGCCACCCCCUGAACCACUUACUUCGUUACCUACCCCAUCCAAGCUCAGGGACGAUUCAUUUGCUUUACUCAACACACUCGACUUUGCACCAGAAUUAACUGUCCGUGAUCGUGUUGCCGGUCGAUCUGAAAGUCCUUUCGGUGAAAGACGACCAUAUUCACCUGCACUUCCAGCAUUUGCACCAAUUGUUGGAGCAUAUGAUGAACUUGCUGCAAUGCCAAGCCCCCACAUGUUGAGAAAAUCUGGUACCUUCACAUCCCUUGAUUUCGCUCCUCCAAGAAGAUUCAAGGAUCCAGAUACUAUGAGUGAUGCUGGUAGUAUCCGAAGUAACAAGAGUGGAAUCUCAUCGGUUCAAGCAAAUGCGAUUAAAAAUGGUGCUUAUCGUGUCAGUAAAAUCCCUCAGGAUAUCGUCUUUACCAGGGAUGAUAUGGCUACGACUUUGAAACCAGAAUGGGGUAUGCGUCAAGGUAUGUGA